CUGCCUCUUUUUUUUUUCUUUCUUCAUCUCUUUGAACCGACACAAACAAAACAGCUUCGGCUGCACUUUCAAUUAAACGAGUAACAAUACGGAGCGGUCACGGUGCGUUUCUUUCAUCGAAGGCCGCAGGUUGUUUUGCCAUCGCCAUUUUCAGCCGCCAGACGGCUCGGCGUGUGAUAAUGGACACCGACUACUCGUCCGGCUUGGAAAACCCUCUGUACGGCGAGCUGAAAUACUUCUGUAGGAAGAUACAGGAGGCCUACAACGAGCUAAAAGAGGACCUCACACCUUACCGAGAUGAUCGCUUUUAUAGACUGGCUCCCAUGCGGCUCUACACCCUGUCUAAAAGACACUUCGUCUUGGUAUUUGUGGUGUUCCUGAUCUGCUUCGGCCUCACAGUCUUCAUUGGGAUCGCAGGCCCUGGGAUCAUUGCCGAGCAAGAACACAAUGUUGAUCAGUUUCCCUUAAAAAACUUUUCUGUUAAGACGGGGCCCUUCAAUCUAGUCUCUCCUCCCCUCACCACCUACAACCAGCAGCUAUGGCUCACCUGCGUAAUGCAGGUGGAAAACAACAACUUUCGAGCCUUCGUGCAACCCUUCGAAAUCAACGUCGGACUGAAGGGAGUGAUGCAGGACGCCAGUGUGAUGCACACCAACCAAGCGCACCAGAAGUCACGGACACUGCACUGUGGAGCUAAAUGUGACGAUAUCAUUGUGCUGCACCUGGGCUACCUGAACUACACCCAGUAUCAGGUGGUGGUCGGCUUCAAAGGCCUUGAGAAUAUCACAUAUGAAAUCAAGGUUAAGUUUGUGUGGAAAAUGUACAAUCCCACCUUCUCGCAAGUGGAAAUCUGGUUCCGGUUCGUCUUCGUGGUGUUGACCUUUAUUGUCACGUGUCUGUUUGCCCAUUCGCUGAGGAAAUUCUCCAUGAGGGACUGGGGCAUAGAGCAGAAGUGGAUGUCUAUUUUGCUGCCUUUGCUGCUACUCUACAAUGAUCCGUUCUUCCCUCUGUCGUUCCUGGUGAACAGCUGGUUUCCAGGGACGCUGGACACUUUCUUUCAGGCGCUCUUCCUGUGCGCUCUGCUGCUCUUCUGGCUCUGCGUCUACCACGGCAUCAGGGUUCAGGGUGAGCGGAGAUUCCUGACGUUCUACCUGCCUAAGCUGAUCAUUGUGGGUCUUCUCUGGCUGUCAGCAGUUACACUAGGAAUAUGGCAAACGGUGAAUGAACUCCAGGAUCCCACGUACCUGUACAAAGUGGACAUAGCAAACUUUCAGGGGAUGAAGAUCUUCUUCCUGACUGUAGUUGCGCUCUACAUCCUCUACCUAAUAUUCCUGGUUGUCAGAGCUUGUUCUGAACUCAAGAACAUGCCGUACUCAGACCUCCGGCUGAAGUUUCUGACGGCGCUGACGUUCGUGGUCCUCGUCAUAAGCAUGAUCAUUCUCUACCUGAGGUUUGGUGCCAAGGCCCUCCAGGACAAUUUUGUGGCGGAGCUGUCUACUCACUACAAGAACUCAGCUGAAUUUUUAUCCUUCUAUGGCCUGCUCAACUUUUAUUUGUACACGUUAGCAUUUGUGUAUUCUCCCUCCAAAAAUGCCCUUUAUGACUCUCAGCUGAAGGACAAUCCAGCUUUCUCCAUGCUGAACGACUCGGAUGAUGAAGUGAUAUACGGCAGUGAUUACGAAGACAUGCCUUUACAAAAUGGACGUGCCAUCAAAGCCACCGCAAAGUACCAGGAUGAGAGUGACAGCGACUGAUGGAUUUCUUCGCGGCGUGUCUACCCUCCUCUCGUGUCCCUGUUGGAAACUAUGGGAACUUGUUACGUCAUGUGCAGAGACGUUGCAUUGCAUUGGUAACAUGAAAUGACAAAAUCUAAGUGUACAUAAAUAUAUUUUUAAAAAAAGGAUAAAGUCCAUGUCUAAUGAAUGUACUGUACUUUUGAAAAGUGGGAUGUGUACCCACUUCUUUUUUUUUUUGUCAUUUAAAAGCAAAUGAAGCAAACACUUGUAAAGCAACAGUUUUUACCAAUUUGUAAACUUAUUUUCCCAUCACAACCAGCAUUCCUUCACAGCCUGAUAGUUAAAAGGGAUCAGGGGAAAUACUAAUAUCAGUCAUUAUGUUUUAAUGCUUUGUGUUGAACCACUGAUGUCUCUAUACAUUCUUGUGUUGUUCAUGCCAUUCCUGUGCGCACUCUGAGAACAAGGAGAAGUUAUGGAUCUGGCCAAAUUCAAGCAACAUUAUAGUAAAGAAGUAAAAGAGGCAGAAACUUCAACUGUACGUAUUCUGUUGCUUGUUAGCACUGAUUCCCCAACAGGGAAUUUGAUGGUGAAUCCUCUCUGUCCUUCGGACUCUUUGAGCUUUAACCGGAUUAAGUACCACUCCUCUUAAUUCUUCUUUCGUUCUUGGGAAAGCCGCUUUGUAUUUGCACUUUUUGAGAAUUUUAUUUAUUUUGCCAAAAAGUGAUGACAUUCGAUACUGUCGUCUGACGUGAAUGGAUGGAUUUUAUUGAGUUACAUGGAUUUUCUCACAACUUUUAUGUUAUUAGACUACUGACCUACCAUGUUAACCAUUUCUUAUCCCGGCACAUGUAUUAGUUAUUCCACUGGCCAAAUCAUUUUUGCCUUCGUUCAGCAUGUUAUUUUAAGUGAUCCUUGAUGAUAAUGCCAACAAUGUGGGACUUGCUGCUCUUUCUUGUGUUUUACAAAACUGGAGCUCAUGGACAAGAACAGCCAAAACAGAUGUAUUUCCUUUCUCUACAAAUAUGUAUUUUAAUCAAGAUGGUGCCUUGUCUCUACAACACUUCUUCUGAAUGGGCUGCGGUCUCAGAUUUGUAAAUGCUUUGGCUUGAUAAAUGUACAUGUUUGAUUCUUUCGGUGUGGAUGUAGCUUGUGUUGGUUUAAGGUGGUUAAAUGAGGUUAUUUUGGAAAUGUUCUUGCAAUAUUUGUUGCUUCACGCGGUAAAAGCUGUACAUCUUGCAGUGUCAUGUCACAUGUAAAUAAAGGAAAGUAUAUACA